GAGUGAGGUGGCAACACUGUUAGAGGUAAACAUGAUGGCGGCUGGUGCUGAGGAAGAAGUCUGUGAGGAGCCUAAAAUAACGUUUAAAAAGGUGAAGAAUAAGAAUAAUAGGAGGAAGAGAGAGAUAGAUGAAGAGGAUGAGGGAAGUAAUGAAGAUGAGGCGUUGAUAUUGAAAUUGCUGGAGAGUAAAGAAUUGAGGAAGUAUCGCCGUCGACACGUUGGCAUAAGUGCUCAAGGUCUGUUGGUCGGGGAGAAGACUACUAAACAGGAGGGCGGUGAGGAUGACCCAUUUAAGACAAAGAGUGGAGGAAUGCUAGACUUAUCACAGGUGAAGAACGCCAAGAAGACCGACGACGCGUAUGACACUGGCAUCGGCACGUCGUUCUCCGCGGAAACCAACCGACGUGACGAGGACGCCGAGAUGCAGAAAUAUAUCGAGGAGAAUCUAGCCAAGCGUAAGGGUAUCGAGUCGGAGGAUAAGCAAGACGAACAGCCUCGCUACCAGACACUAGAGGAGGCCGCCUUACACGCUGUCCCCGAUAUAUUGAGGGAGUCGACCAGCAAGAGAAGUGAAGAAAUGUUGAGUAACCAGAUGCUGAGUGGAAUCCCAGAGGUGGACUUGGGCCUCGAAGCCAAAAUCCGCAACAUCGAAGCCACAGAGGAAGCCAAACAGAAGCUCCUCCGCGAGAGCAUGAUGAAAAAAGAACGGCCGUCGGAGUUUGUCCCCAAAAACAUGGCUGUCAACUUCGUGCAGCAUAACAGAUUUAACCUCGAAGAAACCGGCCCGGCCAAGAAGCAGGAGAAGAAAGUCCAGGAAAUCGUCGAACCCGUGGUAGGAGGCGGAGUAAAGAUCUCUACUAUAGCCCCUAAGAGACCCCACGGUGAAAAGGCGACGGAUGACUUCCAUUACGAGAAGUUCAAAAAACAGUUCAGAAGACAUUGAACUUACCUGAACACGUUAGUAUCAGAACUUGAUUUUUUUUUAAUUUUUUUUUUUAAACUAGGAAAAUUUUUCAGGCAAUUGAGAAAAAAAUUACGUUACUUGAUAAUUUCUUUGUAAUAAAAUGAUUCAAAAUA